UUGCUUAACUGAAGGACAAUUCAAACUCAGGUAUCAGGGGCAGGGAGAGGACUACACUACGAACGCUUCAUUGUUGAAUGAGCUGUGUACUCUUUGGGUUUGGAUUCCAGCACAGCUUUCUAGCAAAGUAUAAUUAAAAGUUUUUGUUUUUGGUCUUGUGAUUUUCAUACAAUUUGUGUGAGAAGUUUGGGGAGACAAUGUCGACCGCAUUAGAGGUGACUGGAUUCUUCAUGUGUGUGGCCAGCUGGCUGGUCACUGGCAUCUCUCUGGCUAACGACUACUGGAAGAUAUCUAGUAAUUCAGGGAACGUGAUCAUUUCGAACCGUCAGUAUGAGAAUCUGUGGCAUUCAUGUGCCGAGAGCAGCACUGGAGUGGCGGACUGUCGAGACUUUCAAACCAUGCUGGCCUUGCCAGGUCAUAUUCAGGCAUGCAGAGCAUUAAUGAUCAUUGCCCUAAUCUUUGGCCUGGUCUCUAUAAUUGUAUCUACCAUGGGGCUGAAGUGCAUUAAGAUUGGAGCAGCAAAAGAUGAGUCAAAAGGCAAGCUUGCAGUGAGUGGUGGCAUUCUAUUCAUCCUUGCAGGUCUUUGCACUAUGGUGGCCACAUCUUGGUAUGCUGCACGGGUGAUUCAAGAAUUCCAUAACCCAUUCUUUGGUGGCAUCAAGUUUGAGCUGGGUUCUGGUCUCUAUAUAGGUUGGGCUGGUGCAGUACUGUCUAUACUGGGUGGCUCAUUCCUGUGCAGUGCCUUUAAAAGAAUCUCUAAAGCAAAACCUAAAGGGGCAUACUAUCCAAGUGGUAAGCCUGCAACGAUCUAUACAGCAGCUCCUGUAUCUAACCCAGAUACUGCAAGAGCCUAUGUUUGAGUUCCCAGGGUCAUCCACAUUAACAGGGCUGAACUGUUGUUACGUUGAUGUUUGUUUUACUCUCCUACCUUUAUGUUUUUGCUACUUUUUUGUUUUUGGACUAUUGUGUUAAUGAUGAAUGUAAAAUCACUUGAAUGCAAUUAUCAUGGAAUACUGAAUAUUUGGAAUAAAAUCAGUUCUGUAUAUCUACAGUAGGUGUGCAUGUAACUGUUUUGCCAUAGUGGUUUAGAAUGUUGAGGCUUUUUCUUUAUUUUAUGUAUAGACAAUGACAUACUGUACGUGGGUCCACAAGAGACUAAUCUACCAAUAAUGUCUAUUAUACAGGGAUAAUGGAAUGUGAAAUAAAAUGGGAAUAAAAUUUAUAACAGAAAACUGUCAGAAG